GGCUCCGCGAGUCACGUGACGCGGGCCUUUGUUGAUGCGAGAGCGGAACCCGUCCGGACCUCCGAGCGACCCUCCUGGCUGGCCGGCUCCGCAUCGUCGUCGCUGCGCCUGGGCCUCCCGCAGCAGCUCCUCGGACGCGGACGGAGACGCGGCGGCUCGGCUGCUGGGGAUGUGAGAGCGCUGCUGGGGGCGGAGGUGUGCGAGUGGGGGGUCGGCCUGCUCGCCUUUGUUACCGCGGGACUCGCCGGCACCAUGAGGCCGGGCGGCCUGUGACGGGAGCCCGCCUGAACCCGCUGCGAGACUCGCCCUGAAGACGCCCCCGCGCCAUGGCUCCGAUGGUUCCGAUGGUUCCGAUGGCGCCGCGGCUCUCCGGCCUCCUCCUCCUGCUGCUGCUGCUGCUGCUGCCGCGCGCCGCCCGGACCUCCGUCAGCCCCGGCUGCGGCCCCGGCAGGAGCGACUGUCCAGACGCGUCGGAGAAGAAGAGCGACCUGCGAGUGUGUGACGCCGGGACCUGCCGCUUCGGAGGAACCUGCCGCGACAACGGCGCCGACAUCAAGUGUGUGUGUCAGUUCCACUGUCAGAAGAAGUACCUGCCGGUGUGUGGCUCCAAUGGCGACACGUACCAGAACGAGUGCUACCUCCGUCGAGCGGCCUGCAAGAAGCAGAGGGCCAUCAGCAUCAUGUCGGAGGGGCCCUGUUACCAUGAUGGAGGGUCAGCAUCUGGAGACGGAGACGACGAAGGCUCUGGUCGAGGGAAAAAAGCCUCCAAAUGUGGAAACUGCAAGUUUGGAGCCGAGUGUGAUGAAGAUUCCGAGGACUUGCUCUGCAUGUGCAACAUCGUUUGUAACGGACACAAUGACAACCCGGUGUGUGGCGUCGACGGCGUGACCUACGACACGCCGUGUCACGUGAGGGAGGCGUCGUGUCUCAAGCAGCUGAAGAUCGACAUCAAGCACGUGGGCCGUUGUCAAGACAAGAGGAAGGACGACGGCGGGAAGAAGCCGGCGGUGCACGCCGUCUCCAAGUCUGGUGAGGGGCUGGGCCCGGAGGCAAGCCCCGCCCCCUGCCCCGCCGACUACAGCCAGUUCUGCGAGCACGGCCAGUGUGAGAUGGUGCGGAAGCUGCCCACCUGCAGGUGUGUGGCGGGCUACGGCGGCUCUCAGUGUGACCAGCUGCUGGACUUCAACAUCCUCUACGUGGUCCCCAGUGGGCAGAAGCUGCACUACGUUCUCAUCGCCGCCAUCAUCGGCGCCGUGCAGGUCGCCAUCAUCGUGGCCGUGGUCAUGUGCUUCACCAGGAGGUGCAGCAGAGCCAAGCGCGGCCGGCGGCAGAAGCACCUGGGUCACUUCCCGCCCGGAACCUCGUCCAGAAUCAUGUAGCCGCUGGACACCAGGAGAGUCCGGAGCGUGGCGGCGGCCGUGGGGCUGGUGUGGCGAGCCCAGCCAAGAUGGCGGGCGGAGCAGCAGAUUGGACUGAACUCUUUUUCACCACUGGGUUUGCGCCAUCUACUCCAGCCUGAAGUUACCAUUCCAAACCAGCAGGGGCAGCGUGAGGUGUGGGAGGACCUGGAGCAAACCGACUGAACUUGCUAAACAGUAGAGUAGCGACGUGCUAACCAAGUGUUGACGGAUCAUGUUUUUUUAUCUUUGUUUGUACGAGCCAAAGCCAAAUGCUGUUUUUUCACUCUCGGGACGAUGUCACUCCGGAACUGGAUUCCAGCGUUACUGUGUGUUCAUUUCAUGUUUUUCUAAGCGCGGCAGUGGCGGCGUACGUGUCAGUGUCGUGGUGAAACGUGUUAGCGGGCCGCAGGGUCACGUGACCCUGGCGGCGUCCGGUAGUCGUGGCAUGAAGACGUGUUUGUUAGUCUGUUAGUUUCUUCCAAAUAAACUUGUCUCCUUGACUGAG